UCUGCUGUGAUACCCCUUUCACCUGCCCUGCCUGCACACCUGAAAUGGUAGCAGUGUCAGCAGAUGGCAACAGGAAGCUUUAUCGCUUUGGCCAUACUGGAAGGUGCACUUUAAGUUCUCUUUGGUAAUUGAGUCGUGACUGUAAGUGACAACAAGAGUAGGUAAUGGAUGUUAUAUAUUUUUCCCCUAGAUCUAAUGACACUCCCUUUUUUGAUGGGCUAUUUCUAGCCAAAGACAGUGAGGUGUCUGAUUUUGUCAACACAAUACAGAUGGCGGUGAAUAAUCUAAGUUUAAGCUAAGUUUAAACACUCAAAUAGUUCUGUUACUAAAGGAAUCAUUGCAUUUCCUGGACUUCUAGAAGUAUUCCAUACUCCCUACUCUUUUGUCGUGAAUUACAUUAACAAUAUGUGUAUGCACUAUAUUCACAGAUAAAGGGGAGAGGCACAUGUGGAGACUCUCAAUGGGCAGCAGCAAGGGAGACCUCUAGGCGGGCCUCUAAACUGGAUGAGGAAGGCGUUGAGGUUGCGGUGUGUCGGCAUGGCUUCCUUUUAAAAGCCCUUAACAUGUACCGAGGAGAGAUUUGUGCGUAUCCUAUGUAUCUCCAAAAGGAGCUUCUCCCAAGCAAGGCACAGUUUUUUGCUAUGGAUGUGGCAUGCAAAUACUGGCCAUGCCUACAAAAAGUUGCUUCAGUCAUUCCAGCUCUCAAGAGCCUCACAGAAAUGAAGCCCUUCCUGAGCAUCAUGCAUGCAAGAGCUCAUGCUACCAAGUGUGAGAUAAAAUGGAGUGGUCGGAAUCAGAAGGGAGCAGGCACAACAGCCGGUGAGGAGGUGGAGCAAAUAAACAGCUACCUCUCCCGUUGUGCCCUGACAACAAAGUACAUGUCAAAAGCAGCACGUGUGGACAUGCUCACUGUGCAUGCAAUGGGUUGGAACCAUCACAAAGCAGAGACGCUACACAAGGCCCUCUCCACAAGAUAUGUGAAGACAUCUAAAAGGGCAGAAGAAGAGGCAGAGAGGCUGUCACAACUGCAGAAGGACCUGCAGUGCUCAAAUGCAAUGGCUGUACAGUGGAUUGCUGAAGUCAAGGAAUGGGCAGAGAGCGAGACCCCAGUAACGGGUCUGCACGUUCUCCAGCAGUCCAUUGAGGGUCUCCAUCUGGGUCUAAAGCAGCAGAAACAAACCCUCUACCGUCAGAAUGGUAUGUAGGCUUUUUCUUGAGUUAUCCGGUAUAUCUAACAAUGUAUCUAUAUUGUUUUUAAUAUAACCUAUACAAAGUUUAUGUGUCUGCAUAUUAAGUUUCUCCUAAACAAUCUAGACAGCAACAAGCUUAGCCAUCGUCUCCGAAGAAAGUUGACGGCAGACAAAAAGCGCCUUCUCCAGGAGAUUGAGAAAUACAACAGUCUUGUUGCAGACCUCUCCAAAAGGAUUGAUGUGGCCUUGGUUGACCACUCUUUGGCUGGACAGAGCACUGGCGCAAUAUGGCCAUGGGAGGACUAUG